UGAACUCUGCAUGGAAGGAACUGGUGGCCCGCAGGCCUCCCUCCGGCCUGGUCUCAGGUCCUCUCCUCUUCUCAGUCCUCACGCAGAUCCUCAUCUGCCUGGCUUUCCAGAUCAUUUCCUUCCUCCUGAUCCAAAGGCUGGACUGGUACUCCAAGCCUGAUUUCUACAACUGCUCUCUUCCUCAUCACCAUGGAUAACUACAGUAACUCCACCGGGACUAAGAAGAAAAUAUAGUCAACGAUGUGAACACCUACGCUGUUCUUCAUCUCCUCGUUUCAGUAUCCUCAUUGUUGCCAUCGUCUUCUCCAAAGGAAAACCUUUCCGCCAGCCCAGCUACAAGAACUGGCCAUUUGUCCUCUCCGCUUUAAUUCUUGUCAUUUUCAUGUUUUUCAUCAUGUUUUUCCCAAUCUCUGGAAUCUACCAGUUUUUGGAGCUGGUGUGUGUUCCUUUGAGCUGGCGUGUGUCUAUGGUGAUUAUAAUACUGGCCAACACCAUAGUGUCUGUCAUUAUUGAGGGAGGAAUAGACAUGUAUGGAUCUAAAUGCUUCUCCUGGCUGUGCUGCCAGCAGAGAAAAGUGCCCAAGGCACGCUACAUGCAUCUGGCACAAGAACUAAGCGUGGAUCCUGACUGGCCCCCCAAACCCAAGAGCACUACUGAAGCCAAACCCGCCCUACUUCCAGAUGACUGCUCCUACCAGAUCGAGGCGAUUUCCUAGCAUUUCUUUCAGCAGUAUAUACACUCCGUAUUGCACGUCCAAACCACCAGGGAUUUCUGUAAACACUGUCAAAACAAUUUGAAAAGACCAAAAACCUG